AUGGCUCUGAAAACUCUCUUUGAUAUCUUAUGUGCCCAGUUGAAGUCAUUCUCCGAGACACUCCAUCAUUGGUUGAAGACUUCUCUACAACGAGAGCAAGCUGUGGAUAAGGUCCGUCCGAAUUCAUUUGCUUGGGACAUAGACCUGGAAUUACCAGCUCCUACACUUCAACAAGCCAGGAACCCCAACAGGGAAGCCAGUCCAAUCUACUACCAGGAUCUACCACCAUACUUGGAGCCUGUGGAAGUUCGUCCGACUUCCAACAUCGAUGAGGAGCCUCCCUACUCCUGCAACACCACGCCACCUCUGCCACCUCUUAACGUCAACCCAAGGCUCGCUUAA